ACGAGUCUUGUUUCUUUCUGACCCAGUGCCUUGCAUGGUCAAACACUAAGUGCACAUUGUAGUCGGCAUGCACGUGCAAAAGAAAAAAGUCAUGCCUGGACGUAUGCAUCCGCAGUACAUGCUCCUUUCAUCCGAGUAGACUGCAAGUGCAGGACUCGAUCCGGUGUUUUCAUCUUCCUGCAGAACUGUUUGAACUCUUUAUUCACUCACUGGUACGCUAAUGCCAGUCGUUCACCCCCCUUCGGCACAGCGCUACUGUCGGGGGUCUGCGCUCACCGGUUGACCGCCCGCGAAGGGGAUCGGCCGCAUCCAACACCCGUGAGAUGUGCGGUCAGGUGAGGGGGACGGUAACCGCCACCGAGGCUCUCGUAACUGUUGCAUGAGAGGGAGAGUGGCCUCCAGAAGUGAGCACUGAGGGGGGGGGGGGGUUCUGACUCCCGGUUGGCUUCACUAGGUCAUAAUUAUCAUUUCCGUGCCCUGACCGAGAGACUGGAUCGACUCGGACCUGAAAUACAGGAUUUUCUCCGCCGACGAUGGCGGACGGGACUGAGUGCAGCGCGGAGGACGGAUCUCGGGACGGUUUCUGUGUCGCAGAAGAGGCUGCAUGAGGUUGUCAAGAGGGCCGCACGCUUUGCCCUUUUCGCCGGCUCCACCUUCCUAUCUCCUCCCGUUCAAAUCUGUGAAGAAACUAAAUCUGCGCCAGGGGAGGGGGGCUGCUAUCUCCAGAGGGGGAUAAACCCAGAGAGAGAGAGGGAGCACUCCGAGGGAAGGAGUUCAACAUUGCUCUCUUCUCCCCUACCGUCCCCCAAGCGGUGGGGGGAACGACCACGAGCCGACCUCAGAGGGAGUAGGAGAAGCACAUAAAGGAGCUACGCUUUCCCUCCGUGGAUCUACAGCAACCUUUUUUUAUUUUUUUUAUUCGUCAAAAAUAUGGCCGAUAAUGUCCUGGAGUCCGGCCCGCCUUCAGCCAAGAGGCCCAAGCUGUCCUCUCCAGCUCUCUCGGUGUCUGCCAGUGAUGGAAAUGAUUUUGGUUCUCUGUUUGACCUGGAGCAUGACCUCCCCGACGAGCUCAUCAGUUCCUCGGACUUGGGUCUGACCAACGGAGGGGAUGUCAACCAACUCCAUACCAGUCUGGGUGGACUUGGAGGAGGGCUCAGUUUGGGAGGCCAGGAUGCAGCUACGAAACACAAACAGCUGUCUGAGCUGUUGCGCCCUGGAGCACCAGCACAGCAGGGUGGCCCUACUACCAACAGCACGGCACCCGGGUCCUCCAUGGGGAUGAUGGGGGGUGUCAGUGGACCUCAAGGCAUGCCCCCUCAGGGCCAGCAGCAGCCACCUGGAUUAAUGCAGCAGGUUGGGAUGUCUGGAGGGGUGGCAGCACUCAAUCGGGCAGCUGCCAUGAUGGGUGCCCAGAAAGGCAACAGUGGACAGCAGCAGCAAGGCCUGAUGGGUGGCCAGGUGAUGAAUGGCUCACCAAGAAUGGGUUACCCUGGCAGUGCAGGCAUGGGUAACAGUAGUAAUCUGUUGGCGGAAACCCUCCAGCAGCAGCAGGGCAGUCAGCAAAUGGGACACGGGAGUCAGGCGGGGAUGAGACCACAACAACCCGGAGCACUGAACAAGAUGAGUAUGAUGGCCAAUGCGAGCCCCUAUGGUGGUCCGUACGGCCAGUCUGGCCAGGGGCUCCCUGGAGCAGGGCUGGGCCCACAACUCCAGAACAAGGCGGGCCUGCCUAACAAUAUGGCCUCCCAGUUCAGCAUGGACAAGAAGGCACCACCCGGUCAAGGCAUGCCUGGGAUGGCCUCUCAGCAGCAGCCGGGAGCAGUUGGAGGAGCGGCAGCAGUUGGAGGAGCGGCAGCGGCAGCGGGAGGCGCCCAGGUCGGUCUGAAUUCCGUCGGGGCUGGUCCCGGCACAGCGCCCCCUACAGCAGACCCAGAGAAGCGGAAGCUGAUUCAACAGCAGUUGGUCCUUUUGCUCCACGCGCACAAGUGCCAGCGGAGGGAGCAGGCCAACGGGGAAGUGCGGCAGUGCAACCUGCCACACUGCCGCACCAUGAAGAACGUGCUCAACCACAUGACUCAUUGCCAGGCUGGCAAGUCCUGCCAGGUGGCACACUGUGCCUCGUCCAGACAGAUCAUCUCUCAUUGGAAGAAUUGCACGCGACAUGACUGUCCUGUGUGCCUGCCACUGAAGAAUGCUGGAGACAAGCGGAAUCAGCAGUCUCUCGUUAACAGUGCUGGAGUCGGUUUGGUGAACUCUUUAGGUUCAGGGGUUCCCGGUGGACAGUCGAACACUCCAAACCUGAACCCUGCCAACCAGAUUGACCCCAGCUCGAUAGAGAGGGCCUACGCCGCACUAGGCCUCACUUACCAGGGCAACCAGAUACCACAGCAGCCGUCACAGGCCAACAUGUCCAACCAGGGGCUGCCGGGUCAGCCUGGGAUGAGGAAUCUGAACACUAUGGGUGGAAACUCGAUGGGAGUGAAUGGUGGAGUUGGGGGGCAAUCGUCCAACCAGCAGUCCAGCCUCCUGCCAAAUGCCCUGCUGCAUGGCAGCAUGACUGCACAGAGUUUGAUGAAUGACGGUCUAGGGAGCCUGGGCUCCAUGCCGACGGCAACUCCUCCUUCUGCUGCAGGCAUGAGGAAGUCUUGGCAUGAAGACAUCACGCAGGACCUCCGCAACCACCUUGUCCACAAGCUUGUGCAGGCCAUCUUCCCCACUCCUGAUCCAGCGGCCCUGAAGGACCGGCGGAUGGAGAAUCUGGUGGCCUACGCUCGAAAAGUAGAGGGAGACAUGUAUGAGUCGGCCAACAGUAGGGCGGAAUACUACCAUCUGCUGGCAGAAAAGAUCUACAAAAUCCAAAAGGAGCUUGAGGAAAAGAGAAGGACACGGCUCCAGAAGCAGGGCAUGAUGCCCGGCCAACCUGGCAUACCCUCCCCAGGCCUCCCGCAGGUGCCUCCCAGCAUGGGACAGCCGCCCAUGGUCCCUGGGCAAACCCUAAAUGGUCCUCACGCCGAUCCGUCCAUUGGCCGACCGGCUGGACCCAAUCAGAUGGUCAGCAGGAUGCAGAACCCCGCAGGAAUGAACCAGUUUGCUCAGAUGGGGAUGCAGUCGAUGAGUCAGAGGUCUCCUCUUCCUCUGAAUGCUCCAAUGAAUCAGCCAGCAAAGACUGACCACACCCCUUGUCUACAGAUGGGUAUGGGAGCAGCAAGGAUGGGUCAGCCCAAUGCCACGCAGUUACAGAACCAGUACCUCCCUCCGGGCCAGUUUCCUGGGUCCAGUCCUGGACGUGGCUCUGGACCUGUUGGCACGAACCAGCCAGGAGGACAGACUGCUGUGCCACCGAAACAGAUGUCAACGCCGCCUUCGCUUCCAGCCAGCAGCCCUGCAGCACAGUCUGCCUCUUCUGCUCCAGUCUCUGCUACCCCUGUUGGCCCCAUGGGGUCUGGAAGUGCCAGUGGUGCUGGGUCUCUACCCAACUUGCCUCCAUCCUCGACCCCCUCCCAGCCCAACUCCUACCCUCACUGCCCACCCAUACGAACAAACUCCCCUUCACCGGCACGCAGCUUAACGCCUCAACCGCAUCAAACACCCCCAACGUUACCUCGAUCUCAGACCCCACAGCCACAGACUCCCAGCACACCCCAGCUUCCCCUUCAACAGCAACAACACCAUCACCAACAACAACAACAGCAGCACCACCAUCAGCAGCAACAACAACAGCAGCAGCAACAGCAGCAACACCACCAACAGCAGCAGCAACACCAACAGCAGCUGCAACAACACCAACAGCAGCUGCAACAACAAAAACAACAACAGCUGCAGCAGCAACAAGCAUCACAGCAACAAGCGUUGCAGCAGCAACAACAAGCAUUGCAGCAGCAACAACAAACGUCACAACAAGCGUUGCAGCAACAGGCGUCACAGCAACAAGCGUCGCAGCAACAAGCAUCGUCGCAGCAACAAGCAUCGCAGCAGCUGCAACAAGCAUCGCAGCAGCAACAAGCGUCGCAGCAACAGCAACAAGCGUCGCAGCAGCAGCAACAAGCAUCGCAGCAGCAACAAGCGUCGCAGCAGCUGCAACAAGCAUCGCAGCAGCAACAAGCGUCGCAGCAGCUGCAACAAGCGUCGCAGCAACAAGCGUUGCAGAAGCAGCAACAACAACAAGCGCAGCAGCAGCAACAAGCGUCGCAGCAACAACAAGCAUCACAGCAACAAGUGUCGAAGCAACAAGCGUUGCAACAACAAGCAUCACAGCAGCAGCAACAAGCAUCACAGCAGCAGCAAGCAUCACAGCAGCAGCAGCAAGCAUCACAGCAGCAGCAGCAAGCAUCACAGCAGCAGCAGCAAGCAUCACAGCAGCAACAACAAGCAUCGCAGCAGCAACAAGCUUCACAACAACAGCAGCAACAAGCGUCGCAACUGAAGCAGCAACAAGCUUCACAACAACAGCAGAAACAAGCGUCCCAGCAACAACAACAACAAGCGUCCCAGCAGCAACAACAACAAGCGUCCCAGCAGCAGCAGCAACAACAACAACAACAAGCGUCGCAGCAGCAGCAACAAGCAUCGGGGCAGGCGGUGAACUCUGAGAAGUCCGUUCAGCCUCCACAGCAGACGCUGGGCGGUUCGGCCUCCUCAGGCCCCCAAGGAGGUCAAGCUCCUUUGGUGCCUACCCAGAAUGCUCAUGUGCCGUCGCAGCGGCCGCAGACCCCACUGUCUCCGAAGCCUUCUCUGACAGCAGACGGUCAGGUGUCCUCUCCAGGCUCGGUCAGCAGCAGCGCCAAUCCCAGCUCCCAGCUGGAGGACGGCCCUGCACCCAGUCAGGAAGAUGUCAAAAUGGAGGUGAAGGAGGAAGAGGAGGACGACGAAGGGGCCGACACGGAAGGAGAGGGCAAGGGGAAGAUGGGCAAGGGUCAGCAUGACGUGAAGACGGAGAAGAAACCGGAGAUAAAGAAAGAGAAGCCGUCGGGCGAUGGGUGUAAAGGCGAGCCCAUGGAUACGUCGUCAUUCCCGGUGUCGUCCUCGGCAGCAACGGGUGAAGACAAGAAGCCGGAGGUGAAGAAAGAGCCCAAAGAGGAAGAGGAGGGGUCUGGGUCGACAUCCAACAGCGGCUCCCCAGCCAGCGCUCAGAGCAAGAAGAAAAUCUUUAAGCCGGAGGAGCUGCGUCAGGCUCUGAUGCCCACCCUGGAAGCUUUGUACCGGCAGGACCCCGAGUCCCUUCCCUUCCGUCAGCCGGUGGACCCCCAGUUACUGGGAAUACCCGUACGUAUUCGAACUAGUAACAAAACUAACCUGGACUACUUUGACCUUGUGAAGAACCCAAUGGACCUGUCGACCAUCAAGCGGAAGCUGGACACGGGUCAGUACCAAGAGCCCUGGCAGUACGUCGAGGACAUCUGGCUGAUGUUCAACAACGCAUGGCUGUACAACCGCAAGACGUCCCGUGUCUACAAGUACUGCUCCAAGCUGGCGGAGGUGUUCGAGUCGGAGAUCGACUCCGUCAUGCAGGGCCUGGGAUACUGCUGUGGGAGGAAGUUUGAGUUCUCCCCCCAAACUCUCUGCUGCUAUGGAAAACAAUUGUGCACCAUCCAACGUGACGCUGCUUAUUUUAGCUACCAGAACAGGUACCACUUCUGUGAGAAGUGUUUCAACGAAAUCCAGAACGAGAGCGUUUCCUUGGGGGACGACCCCUCCCAGCCUCAGACGUCCAUCAACAAAGAUCAGUUCCAACGAAAGAAGAACGACACGCUCGACCCCGAGUUGCUCGUGGAAUGUAAUGACUGCGGACGUAAGAUGCACCAGAUCUGUGUCCUGCAUCAUGAUACUAUUUGGCCGUUGGGCUUCGUAUGUGACAACUGCCUCAAAAAGGCCAACAAGACGCGGAAAGAGAACAAAUACGCCUCCAAAAGACUUCCUCACACCAAGUUGGGGUGCUAUCUGGAGACGCGUGUGAACGAUUACAUAAAGCGGCAUAACCUCCCCGAGUCUGGCGACGUCACCAUCCGCGUGGUCCAUGUGUCGGACAAGGUAGUCGAGGUCAAGCCAGGCAUGAAGUCCAGGUUUGUUGACAGCGGCGAGAUGUCUGCGUCCUUCCCCUACAGGAUGAAAGCCCUGUUUGCGUUUGAGGAUGUCGACGGAGCGGACGUGUGUUUUUUCGGCAUGCACGUUCAAGAGUACGGCUCGGACUGCCCACCACCCAAUCAGAGACGAGUGUACAUCUCUUACCUGGACAGCGUGCACUUCUUCCAACCUCGACUCAUCAGAACUGGCGUCUACCACGAGAUCCUAAUAGGCUACCUGGAGUAUGUCAGGAGGCAGGGGUACACAACGGGUCACAUCUGGGCCUGUCCCCCCAGCGAAGGGGAUGACUACAUCUUCCAUUGCCACCCAGCGGACCAGAAGAUCCCCAAGCCGAAGCGGCUGCAGGAAUGGUACAGGAAGAUGCUGGACCGGGCUGUUGCCGAGCGCAUCGUCCACGACUACAAGGACGUCUUCAAGCAGGCUACAGAGGACCGUCUCACCAGUGCCAAGGAGCUGCCGUACUUUGAGGGCGACUUCUGGCCCAACGUCCUCGAGGAGAGCAUCAAGGAGCUGGAGCAGGAGGAGGAGGAGAGGAAGCGGGAGGAGAACAGUACCUCCAAUGAGUGCACAGAUGUGAGUAGAGUCACGAAAGGAGACAGCAAGAACGCCAAAAAGAAGAACAAUAAAAAGACGAGUAAGAACAAGAGCAGCAUGAGCAGAGCCAAUAAGAAGAAACCCGGGAUGCCCAAUGUUUGCAACGACCUUUCCCAGAAACUCUACGCCACCAUGGAGAAACAUAAGGAGGUCUUCUUUGUAAUCCGACUCAUCGCCGGCCCCACCGCCAACUCGCUGCCCCCCAUCACGGACGCCGACCCCCUCAUGGCCUGCGACCUGAUGGACGGCCGCGACGCCUUCCUAACUCUCGCCAGGGACAAGCACCUGGAGUUCAGCUCUCUCCGGAGGUCCAAGUGGAGCUCCAUGUGCAUGUUGGUGGAGCUGCACAACCAGAGCCAGGACCGCUUCGUCUACACCUGCAAUGAGUGUAAACACCACGUGGAGACCCGCUUCCACUGCACUGUGUGCGAGGACUAUGACUUGUGCAUCACUUGCUACAACAUCAAAGGUCAUGAGCACAAGAUGGAUAAGCUGGGGCUCGGACUGGACGAUGACAGCAACAACCCGGCGGCUGCAGCCACCCAGAGUCCGGGAGAUUCUCGGCGCCUCAGCAUCCAGCGCUGCAUCCAGUCGCUGGUCCACGCGUGUCAGUGUCGCAACGCCAACUGCUCCCUGCCGUCCUGCCAAAAGAUGAAGCGCGUUGUCCAGCACACGAAAGGCUGCAAGCGCAAGACAAACGGCGGCUGUCCCAUCUGCAAGCAGCUCAUUGCGCUGUGCUGCUACCACGCCAAACACUGUCAGGAGAACAAAUGCCCCGUCCCGUUCUGCCUGAACAUAAAACAAAAGCUCCGGCAGCAGCAGCUGCAGCACCGGCUCCAGCAGGCCCAGAUGUUGAGGAGGAGGAUGGCCAGCAUGCAGAGGGUGGGGCAGACAGCCGGAGGGCCACCGGGAGGACCUGUGGCAGGACUUCCAUCCCCGGGGAACAAUGGCUCCACGGCACCCAGUACCCCAACUUCUGGUGGAACACAACCCCCAACACCACAGACCCCGACUCAGACCAUGCCUCCAGGCCCAGAGCAAGGAAUGGGCCCUGGAUCUGGAGUUCAGCAGCAGCAGCAGCAGCCAGAUGGCAUGCCCCCACAAGGUGGUAUGCCUCAACAUCCUCAACACCCUCUUCACCAACAGUUCCAGCAGAUGGCAGGUGGAGGAGGUGGGCCUGGGGGGAUGAUGAGCUCUCCCGAACAUCAGCAGCAGACGCUUUCUCAGGCCCAGCAGCAAAGUGGAGCAGGGACCAAGCCUCAACAGCACCCCAGCAGUCUGCCUCCAAAUGCCAACAGACCCCCAGGCUCCUCCCCAAUACAUCAAUCCCAGGGUAAACCAGUCCUCGGCUCUUCAACGCCCCCCCAGCAGCAGCUUGGUGGCGUGAUGAUGCCUGGAAGCGUUGGGGGCCAACAGCCUCCCAGCCAGCCCCAGGGCCAGCCUUCCCUGUCACAGCAGCAUCCGUCUGGCCCUCCACCGGCAGCAGUAGAAAUUGCCAUGAAGAUCCAACAGGUAGCCGACGCUCAGAGGAAGAUGGCUCUGCAGAGACAAGCGGCUGCGGGCUUGAUGCCUCUUCACCCUCACAAUCAACAGGGUCAGGGUCAACAGGUGGGCAUGGGACACCCAGGGGCGGUAGGGAUGGCUGGAACCCAGGGUAUGCCCCCACAGACCCAAGCAGCGGUGGCAGCUGCUCGCGCCCACAUGGACCAACAGCAAAGUGCUCCACCGGGGAUGAUGGUCGGCGGUGGCGGCCCCCAACAGCAGCCCCCUCAGCAGGGUAACCUGCCCCCGGGCCAGCUGCCCCCUCAGGUACAGCUCCAACAGCAGCGACUAGGCGCUCCACAUCAAAACCCUCAACAGCAGUGGGCAGGCCAGGGGAUGCCACCACAGCAGAGGCAAGCUAUGAUGAGCCAUCCAGCCAUGGUGGCAGCUCAACAGCAGCAAAUGCAGCAACAACAACAACACCACCAACAAGCUCAGGGCCACGCUGUCUUGAUGAAUAUGGCCCAGCAAGGGGCUGGUGGCGGCAUCCCAGGUGGAGCUGUGGCUGGAGCUGCUGGUGUCCCGGGGCCGGGGAGCACCGGUGGGAACAUCCCGCAGGCCGCCCUGCAGGAGCUGCUACGAACUCUCCGCUCGCCGAGCUCGCCACUCCAGCAACAGCAAGUCCUCAACAUCUUGCGGUCCAACCCUCAGCUCAUGGCUGCGUUCAUCAAGCAGAGGGCCUCGAAAUACAAGGUGGGGGGCCCGGGUGGACCAGGUGGGGGGCCCGGAGGUCCGGUUCCCACGGGAGGUCCCGUUGGUAAUGUCACGGCCGGAGGGGGCCAACAGGUGAACAUGAACGCUGCAGGUGGCGGCCAGCCGGGGAUGCACAUGGGGGGUCAGGGAGGGACGAAUGUUAACAUGGCAACUAUGGCGCAGCUACAGCAAGUUCAGCAGCAACAACAACAACAACAACUGCAGCAGCAACAGCAAUUGCAGCAACAACAACAGCAGCAGCAGCAACAGCAACAACAGAGGCCGAUGCUCACCAGUUUGCAGCAAGUGGCAGCUCUCCAGCAGCAGCAACAACAACAACAGCAGCAGCAACAAGGUGGAGGAAGAGGUGUGCCGGGCCAGGGGCCACAGAUGGGGAAUCUCAACAGUCCCCAGUUUAGAGAGCUGCUCAUGAGACGGCAUCUGCAGCAGCAACAACAUCAACAAAUGAGUGUUAAUCACGGUCAGUUCCAGCAGCCUCAGCCUCCACAGGGGCAGCAGGGCUACAUGGGACAGCCGGGGAUGCAGCCUCCUACAGUGGGACCGGGUCCAGCUGGGCCACCCCUUGGCCCUCAGCAGCCCGGUGGCCCCCCUGGUCAGGGUUACCCCGGGUCAGUGGCCCAGCAGCAAGCGGCCGCCCUCCAGCAGAGGCUGCAGCAUCAGCACCACCUCCAGAUGCAGCAGCAGCAGAACGCCAUGGCUGGCCUGCCAGGGGGUGAUGCGGGGCCAGGUGGAGGCGGUGGAGGAGGUCCUCAGCAGCCACCUCAGGGCCCUCAGCCCACGCAAAGUGGCGCCCCACCACCAUCGUCUCAAGCUCUGCUCCAACAGGCCCUCCACCAGAGGCUGCUCCAGCAGCAACAACAACAGCAACAACAACAGCAGCAGCAUCAUCAGCAGCAUCUGGGCCCUGGAGGGUCACCAGCCCAGCACAGCAAUCCCAUGAGCCCCCAGCAGCAGAUGGCCCAGUCCCCACACCUGCAGGGCCAGGCGCUGUCCACGUCGCUAGCCAACCAGGUGCGCUCCCCACAGCCGUCGCCGAGGCCCCAGUCCCAGCCGCCGCACUCCAGCCCGUCCCCGCGCAUGCAGCCCCAGCCCUCCCCGCAUCACAUCUCGCCCCAGAUGCAGACGGGUUCCCCGCACCCGGGCCACCUGAACCAGCACCACCCGGGCAUGGUGGUGCCUCCACAGCAACAGCCAACGGCCCAGCAGCAGCAUCAGAACUCUAUGGAGCAGUUUGGGUCGGACCAGAACGCUAUGCUAUCCCAACUGAGUGGCAUGGCUGGUCUACAUGGGCCGGGGGGCAGCGGUCAGGACCCGCUGGGCCAGAACCCGCUUGGCCAGAACAUGAACCACAACCCUUUAGACAUCAUGUAGGGAUGAAUUCUACGUCACGUGUCAAGUUCAGCUGAAACUCUGAGACUCUUCGCACAAACUGCACUCGCCCAGGACAGUGUUAUUGUUAUUACUUAGCCUUUCUUUUUUUUAUACUAUUAUUAAAUGUUAUUUAAAAUGUUUUCAAUAAAGAUGCAUUGAACUGAAACUUCCUAUGGGAGAUGAACAAUAAAUCGAACAGUCGUUUAAAUAAAUUAGAAUAAAUGAAUUGUAAGUUAUUGCUGUUAAUAUAUAUUUUUUUUUUGCCAACUGUGGACAAAGAGGGGGGCGGUUCCUCUAGCUGCCCCCCCACCACCUCCCUCCAAUCACCGCCACCUCAUGCUGAAUACAAGAAAGGUGAUAUUUUUGGGGGGGUAAAUAGGAGUACUUGCCUUUUUUUUUUAAGAAAUGUUUUUAAGAUUUUAAAAGUGGUCAAGAAUGAAAGUGGAAAUGAUUUAAUGCAAAGAACUUUUUAUGGUUUCCGUCUCCCCGACAUCCAGUCUGUGUCUUUCCGUUGGCAGAGUAAUGUGGAUUAUUAUUAAUGUAAAUCCAAACGAUGCAUAUCUUUGUUGAUUUUUUUUGGUUUAAUGUUUGGGUUUACUUUAUUUAUUAUUUUCUCUUGGGGGGGGGGGGUUACGUACCCUGAGACUGCUACAAUUCGUAUAGAAAUAUAUUUUUGUUAUUGACUGGGGUAGUGAAUAUUUCAUUUCACGUUUCGAUGUCUUUCGUUGGGUUUGUCCAGGUGGGAAUAGUUGUCAGUAUUCUAUCGCAGCGGUCGAGGCUCUGCUGUGAAGCGAGAUGUUGAACGGACUCGUCGCGACGUCCCGGCCUCCGAGCGAGAGCCUCUCCCCUCGCGAAACAUGCAAGCCCUCUCCCUCGAAUGUGUGUGCACUCCUUCCUUUCAAGACUUCCUGUGGAGCGGUGGAGGCUUGGGGAGGGGGGAUGCAUACCUGUGUGCCUGAAACAUUUUGAGGACAUGGGCUGGGAUGUGAAAAAAAAGAAAGCAGCGUGGGUGGGGUGGGGGCUCCUUUUAGUGUUUUUAGGAUUCCGCUGUUCGGAGCAAACAGGAUUUUGAUCCAAAUGAACUGUGUUGCACAGAAAUGAGGAGAAAAGUGGGAGAAGUGAGCAGUCAAGUCUCCGUCUCGUUCUGCCUUGUCUCCUUUGCUGCUCCCCUUGGACUUUAACCCCCCCGUCCUCCUCGCCUUCCCCCCUCCCGGGGGAAGUUGCGCUCCCUUCCCGCAAACUCCAUCCUCUAUCUUUCUGCUAACUUUGGGAGUUUAAUUUAAUAUUUUUUACUGUACAAAGGAAACGCGAACCGUGGACUCAAAUACUGUUUUUUAUAAUAAAAAUGAAAAUUACCAACA